GGGAUCCAGCCAUUGCAAUUCAUAGCUCUGCUCUGUUUAACUGGUUACCUAUGCAUGGACAGUUUUUUGUUUCCGCUGGGGUUGUGUUUUGUACGUUAGAUGUCGAUUCACCGGUACUCGCCAGCGGCGCAGAUGUUGCCUGCUUAAGUUUUAGACGUAUAUAACCAGGCAGAGAUCCCUACCCACCCGUCCUAGCUAGCUGUUUAACAAACGUGCAUCUGUUGCCUGUUAUGCCCGCAGGUAUAUAAUGCCACGGACCCGCCGGUCGCACUAAGACAGUGACACCACAAGCAUCCAGCACGUCUUCCCGACUACUCGUCUGUGAAAACACAAAUUGUCAUGCGCUGAAGGAUUGUCCAUCUUUCUGAGCACCGGGUGUCUGUUCCCCCCUCAGCUAAAAAAAGGGAAAACGCGGGAAAUAAAACUCGACGGUGCGCCAUUCUUAGAAACUCAUCAUUUGACUUUCUGAAGAUUUUACCUUCGGCGGGUAAAAUGAUGAAAUGAGAAACAUUGUUGAUCAAGAGUAAAGAAGUUUUCUUUUGACGAACUGGUAAAGAAUAAAGCAAGAGUGUCUUACAAAUAUAGUUUUAAAAAACGCAAACUAAUUUUUUCGAAACUAGUUUUACGGUCGAGAGGUACGGACUGCAGUACAACAAAAAGAACAACAUUAUUCAAAUCAGUCACGUCGGAAGAAUUGUUAGUUUUUCAUCUGGGUUCAGUCAUGCCGAAGAAUGUAGAUAGAGCCCUCUCAGCUUCACCGGGUUCGCCGACAAGUUUCCCCUCGUCUGAAUCCAUCCUCUCCGCCGGGUCAUCGCCUCUUCUUGCCCCAUCACAUCACCAGCAGCAGUCCGCUGCGGCAGCCGCGGCAGUCUUCGGUCUUCUUCCCCCAUCGUCUGUUUCCAAGUCACUGCCUGUCAGCGUAGUCACACCAAGUGUAUCUGGUAGCAGCGCACACAGCAUGAUUACGCCCUCUAUCACCUCCGCUCUGGGUGAGGAGCUAUUCAUGGACGAAUUGAUGUACAACCGUCGUCGCCAGGUACAUGCACGGCGUAAUCGCACUACAUUCACACCUCAGCAACUGAGUGAGCUGGAGACACUUUUCUCCAAGACGCAUUACCCGGAUGUAUUCGUCCGCGAGGAUCUUGCUCUACGUAUUAAUCUCACGGAAGCCAGAGUACAGGUUUGGUUCCAAAACCGACGGGCCAAAUGGCGCAAGAUGGCCCGCCAGCGACUUGGCAUCGACCCGUGGCGAUCACGCCAGAUUACCAACUCCUACAGCGGUGGAAACAUCGGAUUUACCGGCAACCCGUGGCUGGCCGCAGCCGCUGCCGCAGCGGGGGCGGUCAGACCUCCCGCUCUCCCCCCGACCUCGGCUGGGUUUCUCUAUAAUGAAACGAUGGCUCGGGCGGCUCAUAACUCGCUCAGAGAAAGCAUGCUUGCAGUUGCCGCUCUAAGAGAUGGCGCCACCGGUAUCCCACACUUGCACUCGGGGCUCCCUCUACCGGCAUGUGGCUGUCACAUGACCGUGACCAAGGAAUCCAAGGAUGACGUCAUGAACGCCCCGAACGGUGACAUGCAGGGAACGUUCAGUUCGUGUAGUGAUGAUAGUGUAAGUAGUUCCAGCGUGGCGGCCCUUCGACUCAAAGCUAAGGAACAUGCGGAUCUUGUACACAGAGAGUCGUCUGCAAAAUCCAGAGAUAAUGUUUGAGAUUUCAUUCCAUAAUAAUGUUUAAUAAAAUAAGAGUUACUAGAUCUUUAAAGGCACUGGACACUAAAAUUAAUGGGUAAUUACUCAACAGCAUAAACAUCUUCUUGAUAACGAGCAA